AUGGCGCCGGCGGCAGUCGAAAUUAAAAGCGCUCAUCCACGGCCGACGUCCAAUUUCCAUCCAAGUGUGUGGGGCGACUUCUUCCUAACCCUCGUCCCCCACUCCGACGAGGUGGUGAAGAGCUGGAAUGAGGAAAUUGAAGUGCUGAAGUCCCACGUAAAGAAGGCACUACUCUCUAGUCCCGUAGCAAAAACGGCAGAAAGGUUGCAUCUCAUCGACGCCAUCGAGCGAUUAGGUACCGGCUAUCAUUUCGAAGAAGAAAUCGAGCAAGUCCUUGGACAAAUUUAUCAAGAUCUCCAGAUUCGUGAUGAUGAAGACCUCGUCACCGUUGCACUUCGUUUCAGACUGCUCAGACAACACGGUUACAAUGUGUCAAGUGAUGUGUUCGACAAGUUUAAGAGAGGAGGGGAGUUCAAGAAAGAGUUGGUGAAUGACGGGGAGGGCAUGCUGAACCUGUACGAAGCAGCAUAUCUGAGGACUCGAGGAGAGAGCAUUUUGGACGAGGCUAUCGAGUUUACCAAAACGCACCUAAUUAGUGCUAUGGUUUCUGCUGCUGCCGAGUUGGGAUCUCCGGUUUUUGCCGAGCUUGUCGCUCGUGCCUUGAAACGGCCACUCCGCAAAGUCGUGGAAAGUUGCGAGCACUUGUCGUUCAUCUCUGUAUACGAAAAGUUCGAGGGCCAUGACCCAAAACUUGUCAAGUUGGCCAAGCUGAAUUUCAAUGUCCUGCAGAACAUGUACCAAACGGAGCUGCGAAUCCUCACCGAGUGGUGGAUGGACUUGGAUACGCCGAAUAAAUUGUCUUACGCCCGAGACAAGCUGGUGGAGAGCUAUUUUUGGGCUAUAGGACCCAUGUGGGAGCCGAAAUACUCCUUAGCGAGACAAUUCUUCACCAAAACUACUCAAAUCGGAACACUGUUGGAUGACACAUACGAUGUACACGGUACCAUCGAUGAUCUGGAGUUGUUUACCAAUGCCAUUGUAAGGUGGGAUACUAGCAAGAAAGAUAAGAAAGACUACAUGAUCAUCCUUCUUGAGGCAAUUUCUGCCUUUUACGAUGAAAUUGAGGCUGUCACGUGCAAGGAAGGAAGGGUCUGGUGUUUGGACGACGGGAAACGUGCGGUCGCGAAUGUGGCAAGGUUGUACUUGGCAGAGGAAAGGUGGGUCGACAAAGGUUGUGUGCCGACACUGGAGGAAUACAGGGAAGUUUCCUCGUUAAGCACUUGUUACGAAUGGAUGGUGUAUUCGGCCCUCUGCGCAAUGGGCGCCUCGGUUUCCCAACACGUCUUCCAAUGGCUCUUCUCCAAACCCACAAUGUUAAUCGCCACGACCGACCUGUGUCGUCUCAUGGACGACGUCGCCGACAGCAAGGUGAAGCAGGGCAGGGAGAAUUUCGCUACGUCGGUCGAAUGUUACAUGAAGCAGUACGACGUGUCGAGACAGGAAGCCGUGGAGGGAUUGAACCGGAUCAUAGAGGAGGACUGGAUGAUCAUGCACGAGGAGUUGUUGAAUCCGCCUUCUGGUGUCCCCAGGGAGCUUCUGGUGAUGUUGUUUCGGUUGGCGCAGGUUAUGGAUACGAUCUACAAGGAUUUUGAUGGUUACACAUACUCCAGCACCGCCACCAAUGACAUGCUCGUGGCCCUUCUCGUUACCCCAUUGGUCGUUUGA